AUGCAGUCAACUUCUCAUUUCCUCAGAUCUUCGCUUCUGCCCCCGAUUCGGACACUACACGCCGGCGCAGUGACAAUACUUGGAGCUAUCGGUGCAGGAACAUGGAGGGAACAUCGAUACGAACUCCUAGAAGGGGCCCGGCGGAGGUCUAAGUCCUAUUAUGCGCACUCUACCAAGAGGACGUGGACCAUUGCUGGGCUAACAGCCGUGGUCAUUUUGGUACUAUGGUACCUCGUUGCGGGAAAUGUCCCUGAGACUUCGAACCGAUCCAUCGGUACGCUCGAAGAACGCGCUUGCCACCAUCCCGUAGCUCGACUUGUUUCCACUGCUAGGGAGGCUUUCAGCGAGACCCUACAACGCCAAUCCAAGUCUUUGGCCGAAGCAGUGACAGAAUACCAACGACGAUAUAAGAUGCCUCCGCCUCCCCAUUUCGAUGAAUGGUAUCACUUUGCAACGACGCGCAACACCGUUUUGAUUGAUGAGUUCGAUACGAUAUACCAUACUCUGCUACCAUUUUGGGGGCUUACGCCUAGCGUAAUGCGCUCUCGUGUCCGAGAAGAUCUCGGCCGGAUAAACACCACUUAUGUCAUGGGAAUCGCCAUCCGCAACGGCAGGAUCUUUGAUUUCGGCAAGGGCCAGGGAGGAUUUCAGAGAGAUGCGACAAUAAAGAUUCUCGAAAAGUUCUCCCAGUGGUUACCAGACUUGAACUUGCAAUUCAACGCUCACGACGAGCCGCGAGUCGUAGUUCCACAUGAACAGUUGCAUAGAUUUGUCCUUGAGGGCCAAAUGGCGCAAUCUCGGUUAAAUUCCCAGUCAGACGUUUCAAACUCAUUUUCACCGGGGGAUAUGGAUGAUCCAGUGCCGCCAGUGCCGGCUUCUACAAGCAGGUGGAACAACAUUGAGUUUCAAGAGACAUGGCUCUAUUCGCGACUUUCAUGCCCACCAGAUACACCUGUUAUGGCACUAGAUGGCAAUGCACCGGAUAACGCAGCUGCCUAUGCUGUGGAGCCUUUGGGUUUCGUAUUCAACCAAUCUGCAGCAAGUGACAUUUGCAAUAGCCCGUCGCUACGACAUAGCCUUGGGGUCUUCCAACGCCCAAAUUCUUUCAAGCUGACGAACGAACUCGUCCCAAUGUUUUCCAUGUCCCAUCCGUCUUCAUUCCAGGAUAUUGGUGUUCCUUCGCCAUUUUAUUAUGAAGAUAUGUCGAGCUUUGACCCAGAAAGCUCGGUGCCAUGGGAAGAGAAGAUGCCCCAGAUCUAUUGGCGUGGGAGAACUACUGGGGGCCACAGUCAGAGUGGCAGCUGGCACAACCUGCAACGUCAGCGCAUCAUUGGGAAUAUGACCCAUCCACAAUCGCCCCAAUAUAUCAUGCAUCAGAAGACUGAAUCGAGAUGUACUUCGGGAACCGAUGCAAAUUGGGAGGUCCAGGAAGCGAACCAGUCCCAGGUAGAGGGAUACUUCAAUGCCCAUUUCACGGAUAUCAUCGAUUGCGAUGAAGACUGCGCCGAAGAGAGAAAAUUCUUCGAUGACAUCGUGGAACCAGAACCUCAGAACAAUGCCUGGAAAUUCCGGUAUUUGCUGGAUAUGGAUGGCCAUGCAUACAGCGGUAGGUUCUACGCCUUAUUGCGUAGCAAGGGCGUUCCAUUCAAGAUGACUUCCUUCCGUGAAUGGCAUGAAAACUUAUUGAUUCCAUGGGUUCAUUAUGUGCCGGUCAACAAGGAUGGCAAUGAACUCGCUGAGUUGGUCCGUUUCUUCGAGCAAGAUACCACAGGUCAGGAGAUCGCAAAAUCCAUCGGUGAAGAGGGCCAGUCUUGGGCAGCUCGGACCCUCAGAAAUGAUGACAUAGAGGUUUACAUGUUUCGACUUCUUUUGGAGUAA